AUUUGAAACAUUAUCAGCAUUUUUUUGGUUUGCUUGCAAAAAUAAUAAACGACGCAGCUAUUAUUUUACAUUCAUUCAUUUAAUUAUUUAGUGAAAAUUUUUUCCUUUAUUUGUUAUUCUUCUUUAAUAACAGGAUUGUGAAGAUUUAAAUUCCAGAAUCGAAGAAGAAAGGAAAAAAAUGCGUCAAUACGGAGAAUCGAAAGUUGAUUCAACAUUAGUGUUGGCCAUCAGUGCCAUCAUUAUCGGUCUCAUCUUCAUUAUAUCCGGUGCAAUUGUAUCCGGCAUCGCAUAUACGGAAAUUACACCACCAAACUAUGAUGAUAAUUAUGAUCGUUAUAUUGGAUCAAGUGUACCACGAUUAUUAGGACCAUUUUUAUUAGUAUUUGGUUUCUUAAUUGUUAUUGGCAGUGGUGUAAUGGCUGGUAUGAAAACAAUGCGUGAAAAUGAAAAAUCCUAUCAUGGAAUAAGUGGUGGACCACAUCCAACAAUGUAUUCGGCAGCAGAUAUUGAACAGGAUGAUUCACCACCAUCACUUCAAGAAAAAAUGUAAACAAAUUCAAAGCAAAUUAAAUUUUCAUUUUUAAAAAAUCAUCCAUAUCAUCCACAACCAUUGAAACAUUUUUUUUUUAAAUACCCCAUUACACAUUCCAUAUUUUGUACGUUUUGGUUUUUUUUUAUUGAAUAAUAACGAAAGUUUUUAUUUUCUUCGUUA